CCGUUUUAGGCUACAAGAGUGAAAAGUCCACUGAGUUGAGAAAUGAGUUUAUAGGCUUUCCAGUAAAAGCCAGAAGUACCACAUCCUCCCUCGCUCCGUCCGUACUAAAUCUCCCUCUAAGACAAAUUUAUCAGAGAUGGCAGGUUCUCCUUCUUCUUCGUCUUCGUCUGCUCCGUCAACUUCAUCGUCAAAAGGAUGGUUGAGCAACAUCUCCUCCAUAGCCUCACGCAUCUACUUCUUCUUGAUCAUCCUUCAAAUCCCCCUUUUCAGGAUUCCAUGCAGAUCUGGAAUGUGUACAACACCAUUGCAUGUCACAUCUUCCCAGUUGAUUGCAAGUGAGAUCUUUCCAAUUCCAGUGGUGAAGGCCCUUCUCUACCCUGGAGCUGUUGUGAAUGGAGUCGUCACAAGCAUGACUAUUCCAAGCUGGGAUAACUUGUUAAACAUCUAUAACUUGACCAGUGCAAAGGAAGCCCCUGCAGUUGCUGAUCUCCAACGGUUGGAGGUUCUUGCUGGAAGCUACUUUUCUGUGGCGGGAGCCAUUGUGUGCCUUCUAAAACCAGGAAGAAUGACCAUGUUUGGGACGCUUCUAAUAAUCUGGGGCCUUGUCAAGGAAGGGAUACUUGGAAAGCCUGCAAACACAGAUCCUGCUAAAGCAGUGUAUGUUUACCCGACAAUGGUGCUUGCUCUUUUCUGUGCAUUCUCGUCUGUGAAGUACGAUCUCAAGAAGGUUGCUAGAAGUGCCCCUGCUAGACCAGUCGCAAAGCCUCUUCGGAGCUCUACAAAAUCUAAACUGAAAUAAGUUUCUUGUUAGAAGUUCUUAUUGUUUAUGAACACGAAAACAGUGGCUUUAUUUAGCAAAUUUGUUUUGUUGGAAAUAUUAUUGUUUCUGAAAAUAUCUCCAUUUUAAACUUAGCACAUGAAUUCAGAAAGUUGAGAUCAAUAUUUGCUGA